AUGAGCUCUGUACUGAUGGUGGCUGAGAAGCCUUCGUUGGCGCGAUCACUGGCAGAGAUAUUGUCCAAGAAGUCCUGCAAUCGGAGGAAGACCAUGUGCAGUGCAUGUGACGUGUAUGAGUGGACUGGACACUUUCCUGCCCUCAGAGGAGCCGCUAGGUUCAAGAUGACGUCUGUGUGUGGUCAUGUGAUGGGUCUUGACUUCCCGGCAAAGUACAACCGAUGGGAUCAAGUCGAUCCAAUUGAAUUAUUUGAUGUGGAGACUGAGAAGAAGGAAUCCAUCCCUAACCUCAGAAUGAGAGAUUUCCUUCGCAGUGAGGGACAGGGAGUGGACUCUCUGGUCCUGUGGUUGGACUGUGACAAGGAAGGGGAGAACAUAUGCUUCGAGGUGAUUGACGAGGUGAAGCCUGUAAUGAGGAGGGGCCUACCUGACUCCCAGGUGAUAUGGAGGGCAAAGUUCUCUGCCAUCACAGAAGGUGCCAUCUCUCAGGCAUUCAACUCUCUGGGCAGCCCUAACUGGGACCAAGCACGCUCAGUGGAUGGACGUAUGGAACUGGACCUGAGGGUCGGCUGUGCAUUCACAAGGUUCCAAACCAAAGCUUUCCAGUCCAAGUACACAGGCCUGAACAACAGUGUGAUAUCAUACGGGCCAUGUCAGACACCCACUCUGGGGUUCUGUGUACAGAGGCACGAUGAGAUCAUGGCAUUCAAGUCUGAGAAGUACUGGAAACUGUCCCUCAAAGUGAAGCAUGGCUCGGCUGUGGUGACUCUGGAUUGGUCAGCGGAUGGAGUGUUUGAUCAUGAGGUUGGCCACCUCCUCCUGAGUCUAGUGCGAGACCACACCCACGCCCUGGUAGUGGGCGUGGCUGAGAAACCUCGUUCCAAGGCCCCGCCCAUUGCCCUCAAUACUGUAGAGCUGCUCCGAGUGGCGUCGUCACGGUUACACAUCGGACCCAAGUCCACUAUGGACAUGGCAGAGCGACUAUACAUUGAGGGCUUCAUCAGCUACCCUCGUACGGAGACCACUUCUUAUCCCGAGGGUUUUGAUUUCCAGACCAUUCUGAACGAUCUCAAGAGGCACACUGAGUUUGCAGAGUACACCUCCUCCCUCCUCAGCAUAGGGGUAAAAGUACCAAGCUCAGGGCGUGAUGUUGGGGACCACCCCCCCAUCACUCCAAUGAGGAGUGCUACCCGAGCACAAAUGAGGGAUUCUGAUUGGAGGCUUUAUGAUUACAUUACACGACACUUCCUAGCCACUCUCUCUCCUGACUGCAAGUACAAGCAGACACAAGUGGACUUUGCCCUCGGACGUGAGGCAUUCUCCUGGUCUGGUUUAACCCCUGUGUCACCAGGUUACACGGCCAUCUACAGCUGGCAUGCCAUAGAGAGUUCGGAAUCCACAGUCAAGUUUGAGAAAGGGCAGUGCUUGGAAGUAGCUCAGCUGAAGCUGGCGGAGCACCAGACCACACCCCCUGGUUACCUCACUGAGAGUGAGCUCAUCUCACUCAUGGAGAAGCACGCCAUUGGAACAGAUGCCAGUAUUGCUGUACACAUUGAGAACAUCACCACACGUAACUAUGUCCAUGUGGACAGUGGGCGGAGACUCAUCCCCACUAAGCUAGGUAUUGUCCUAGUCCACGGAUACCAGAAGAUUGACCCUGAGUUAGUACUGCCCACCAUACGAGCGGCUGUGGAGGAACAACUGGAGCAGAUUGCACUAGGAAAGGCUGAUUACUCAGUGGUGGUGACUCAUGCUCUGGACAUCUUCAGACGAAAGUUUGCUUAUUUUGAGUCGAAUAUUGAUGCCAUGGAUGAGCUGUUUGAGGCAUCCUUCUCCUCCGUGGCUGAGUCAGGGCGGCCCCUCUCCAAGUGUGGGCUGUGUAGGAGGUAUCUCAAGUACAUAUCAUCACGACCACAGCGCCUCUACUGUGCGCAGUGUGAUCAGACGUAUAGUUUACCUCAGGGGGGAAGCAUCAAGUUGUACAAGGAGAUCAAGUGUCCGCUGGAUGAGUUUGAACUGCUACUAUUCACUUCUGUCAAUGGGAGAAAGUCGUACCUUGUGUGUCCCUACUGCUACAAUGAGCCACCAUUCAAGGCUGUGAGUGGAGGGAUGAGUUGCAGUGUGUGUCCUCACGAGAGCUGCCCUCAUGCUAAGCCACAGCACAGAGUGGAGAGAUGCUCCGAGUGUGAGAAUGGAGUGCUAGUGCUGGAGCCUCACUGGCAAACUGGGGGAACACCAAAGUGGAAGAUCUCUUGCAACAGCAGCAAGUGUAAGGAAGUGUAUGUGUGCUUUGCUGGCAGUACUGAUGUCUCCAGCUCCCCUGAAGUGUGUCCUCACUGUGACUCCAACCUCCUCUCUGUAGACCUCACCAAGGUGCCUAAUCUCCCUGAGGCUGAGGGCAAGCACACUGGCUGCUGGCAAUGUGACCCACUACUCUCUGAACUGGUGACACCAUUUGAUGCUCGUACUGAUAGACCACGCCCCCGGCACACUGGAGGGAGGCGUGGCAGGGGACGAAGGGGGAGGGACAGGGGACGAAGAUAACAUUGAACUAUAAACUCUGACUUCUAUUAUACCAAUCUUAUAUUUAUAGCAAUCUUUUUUUCUUACAAUUAUGUUCCUGUGAUGGACGUAUAAAUUU